ACACACGCAGCCGGCACAGGCGGCGGCGGCGGCUGCCCAAGUCAGGACGAACCUCUCUAGGUACCGUCUUGAGCAGGCGGCGGCGGCGGCGGCGGCAGCCCGAGCAUCCCUUCUCGCCCGGAGAGGGAGUUUCCGUUCCCUCUGCCGUUCCCUCCCCCCUCCUUUUAUUUUCGAGAGAAUUUCUUCUUCGAUUAUUGGUUUCAUUUGAUUUUGAAAAAUUUUGGUUGCUUUUGUGUGUGUGCUUUUUUUUUUUUUUUCUUUCUUUCCUCAUUUUAUUUGCAUCCAGAGCAUGGCGGGCUGCGGGCUGUCGGAAGACACCUUCUUCUCUUCCUUCUUUUACAACUACGACUCCUCCUGGGAAACCUCUUCCAACCAGUCUGCCCCCGACCUGCUCUCGCUGCUGCUUUGGUAAAGGCUUGCAAGGACAGAGAGUAACAGCGAGUGGCGAAUCCAGUUUGCGGAAGCAGCACCAGCAAUGGAUGAGACCUCCCCCAGGCUGGAUGAAGACUGGAAAAAAGGACUUCAGCGAGAAGCAAGCUGGCCGUGUGCUGCUCUGGUUGGUGAAGACCAGCCUCUUUGCCCGGAUCUUCCCGAACUUGACCUUUCUGAACUAGAUGUGAACGACUUGGAUACAGACAGCUUUCUAGGUGGACUCAAGUGGUGCAGUGACCAAUCAGAAAUAAUUUCCAAUCAGUACAACAAUGAGCCUUCAAAUAUAUUCGAGAAGAUAGAUGAAGAGAAUGAGGCAAACUUGCUAGCAGUCCUCACAGAGACACUGGACAGUCUUCCCGUGGAUGAAGACGGAUUGCCCUCAUUUGAUGCGCUGACAGAUGGAGAUGUGACCACUGACAAUGACGCUAGUCCUUCCUCUAUGCCUGACGGCACCCCUCCGCCUCAGGAGGCAGAAGAGCCGUCUCUACUUAAGAAGCUCUUACUGGCACCAGCCAAUACUCAGCUAAGUUAUAAUGAAUGCAGUGGUCUCAGUACCCAGAACCAUGCAAACCAUAAUCACAGGAUCAGAACAAACCCUGCAGUUGUUAAGACCGAGAAUUCAUGGAGCAAUAAAGCAAAGAGCAUUUGUCAACAACAAAAGCCACAAAGACGUCCCUGCUCGGAGCUUCUCAAGUAUCUGACCACAAACGAUGACCCACCUCAUACCAAACCCACAGAGAACAGGAACAGCCACAGAGAAAAAUGCACGUCCAAAAAGAAGCCCCCCGCACAGUCGCAGGCGCAACAUUUACAAGCCAAACCAACAACUUUAUCUCUUCCUCUGACCCCCGAGUCACCAAAUGACCCCAAGGGUUCCCCAUUUGAGAACAAGACUAUUGAACGAACCUUAAGUGUGGAACUCUCUGGAACUGCAGGCCUAACUCCACCCACAACUCCUCCUCAUAAAGCCAACCAAGAUAACCCUUUUAGGACUUCUCCAAAGUUGAAGUCCUCUUGCAAGACUGUGGUACCACCACCAACAAAGAAGGCCCGGUACAGCGAGUCUUCUGGUACCCAAGGAAAUUACUCCACCAAGAAAGGGCCCAAGCAAUCUGAGUUGUAUGCACAGCUCAGCAAGACCUCGGUACUCACCAGUGGACGCGAGGAAAGGAAGACCAAGCGGCCCAGUCUGCGGUUGUUUGGUGACCAUGACUAUUGUCAGUCAAUUAAUUCCAAAUCAGAAAUACUCAUUAAUAUAUCACAGGAGCUCCAAGACUCUAGACAACUAGCAUAUAAAGAUGCCUCCACUGAUUGGCAGGGGCAGAUAUGUUCUUCCACAAACUCCGACCAGUGCUACCUGAGAGAGACUUUGGAGGCAAGCAAGCAAGUCUCUCCUUGCAGCACCAGAAAACAGCUCCAAGACCAGGAAAUCCGAGCCGAGCUGAACAAGCACUUUGGUCAUCCCAGUCAAGCUGUUUUUGACGAUGAAGCAGACAAGACCAGUGAACUGAGGGACAGUGAUUUCAGUAAUGAACAAUUCUCCAAACUACCUAUGUUUAUAAAUUCAGGACUAGCCAUGGAUGGCCUGUUUGAUGACAGCGAAGAUGAAAGUGAUAAACUGAGCUACCCUUGGGAUGGCAUGCAAUCCUAUUCAUUGUUCGAUGUGUCACCUUCUUGCUCUUCUUUUAACUCUCCAUGUAGGGAUUCCGUGUCGCCACCCAAAUCCUUAUUUUCUCAAAGACCCCAAAGGAUGCGCUCUCGUUCAAAGUCCUUUUCUCGACACAGGUCGUGUUCCCGGUCACCGUAUUCCAGGUCAAGAUCUAGGUCCCCAGGCAGUAGAUCCUCUUCAAGAUCUUGCCACUACUAUGAGUCAAGCCACUGCAGACACCGCACGCACCGAAAUUCUCCCUUGUGUGGGAGAUCACGCUCCGGAUCACCCUUCAGCCGUAGGCCCAGGUAUGACAGCUACGAGGAAUAUCAGCACGAAAGGCUGAAGAGGGAAGAAUACCGCAAAGAGUAUGAGAAGCGGGAGUCUGAAAGGGCCAAACAAAGGGAGAGACAGAGACAGAAGGCAAUUGAAGAACGCCGUGUGAUUUAUGUUGGUAAAAUCAGAUCUGACACAACACGGACAGAACUGAGGGACCGUUUUGAAGUUUUUGGUGAAAUAGAGGAGUGCACAGUAAAUCUGCGGGAUGAUGGAGACAGCUAUGGUUUCAUUACCUACCGUUAUACCUGUGAUGCUUUUGCUGCUCUUGAAAAUGGAUAUACUUUGCGCAGGUCGAAUGAAACUGACUUCGAGCUGUACUUUUGUGGACGCAAGCAAUUUUUCAAGUCUAACUAUGCAGACCUAGAUUCAAACUCAGAUGACUUUGACCCUGCUUCCACCAAGAGCAAGUAUGACUCUCUGGAUUUUGAUAGUUUACUGAAAGAGGCUCAGAGAAGCUUGCGCAGGUAACAUGUUCCCUGGCUGAGGAUGACAGAGGCAUGGUGAAUACCUCACGGGACAGCGUGUCCUUCCCUAACAGACUAUUGGAAGUCAUACUUAGGAAUUUCUCCUACUUUACACUCUGUACAAAAACAAAACAAAACAAAACAACAACAAACAAUGGUUUACACGAACACAGCUGCUGAAGAGGAAAGAGACAGUGUGGAUAUCCAGUAAGCACAUGUUUAUUCAUGGGUGUCAGCUUUGCUUUCCCUGGAGUCUCUUGGUAAUGGAGUGUGUGUGCGUGUGUGUGUGUGCGCGCCUGGUUUAGGGGGAGUAUGUGUGUAUACAGGUGGGGAUUAGGGACACCUGACAACAGUGUGCAAGGGCAAACCACUUCAAAU